AUGGAUAAUAAUGUAAAAAAUAGUGAACAUACGAGUACACCCACCCCACCCCAGAUGCAUGAAAGGAAUCCUAAUGAAAUAAAAAAUGUAAAUUAUGAUUACUCUUACUAUAAUCAAAGUAAUGGCGUUUUUCCUAUGGGUAGUAAUAAUAUGUAUGACACAUCAGGAAAAUAUUUAAUGAAUUAUAAUUAUGUAGAUCCAUCUUAUUACUCUAUGAAUUCAAAUGCUAUGAUUAAUAUGGGGGCCCCUAUGUAUCCCAUAGGAAAUCAAGGAAACAAUUCAUUUAACAGCUCUAUAAAUAUGUAUCAAAAUAAUAUUAACGAGCCAUAUAAUUAUAAUUAUAAUAUCCAAGGAAAUCAAUUAUUAAAUAGUUUCAAUCAAUCUGUUUCAUCAACCUUUAACAAUAAUAAUGUCAAUGUUGAGGAUAAAAAAAAUAUUAUAGAAAUAACAAAUACAUCUACUUAUAAUGUAAAUAAUUUAUUACGAAAUAAUAUUUUAUCUUCCGAAUAUUUUAGAUCCCUUAUAUCUCUUAAAACAUUUAAAGAAGUCUUAGAUGAAAUUCUUUCAUAUGCUGAUCAUGUCGAACCAUAUUGCAUUGGAAGUACACGAGCCCCCUCCACACUUUUUUGUUGUCUUUACAAAUUUUUUACUAUGCAACUAACAAAGAAGCAGCUAAAAAGCUUGAUAGAUAAUAAGGAGUCGUGCUAUGUUCGCGCGUGCGGAUUUUUGUACCUGCGAUAUGUUCAUUGCCCAUCCAACCUAUGGAUGUGGUUUGAGCCCUAUAUGCUCGAUGAUGACGAAUUUACAGUUUCAGCAGAUAAAAGAAAAUUAAUGACAAUAGGAGAGUAUGUUCAAAGCCUAUUAUAUGACGAUAAAUAUUUUAAUACAGUUUUACCAAGACUUCCAAUAAAAAUAAAAAACAUUUAUGGCGCCCGCCUUAUGCUUAUGAGUGAUCAUAGAAAACGGAAUAAAAAAAAUAAAGAGCAAAUAUCAAAGUUUGUAAAGGGAGAACAUAUCAUGGCUUAUGUCAACGGAGAAUGGGAAAAAGGGGAAAUUGGUGGUAUAGUAAACCAGGCAAAAGAAAAAGUUUUUGUUAGAAUCAGAAAAAUUGAUGGAAAUGAAAAAAUUGUACAUCUAGGAUACGUCAAAUUGAUAUCCAAAGAUUCGGAGAGAGGUAAGGGCAAUGAUAGGCGAUCAAGUGUCGAGAGGAGCAAAGGCAGAGGAAGAGAAAAAGACCGAAGUAGAGACAGAAGUAGAGACAGAAGCAGGGACAGAAGCAGGGACAGAAGCAGGAGCCGAAGAAGAAGAAGACGAAGAAGUAGAAGCCGAGACAGAAGCAGAAGCAGAAGUCGGGACAGAAGUAGAAGUCGAAGUAGAAGACGCCGAAAAAAAAGAAACGAUGAUGAGCGAGACAAAUCAGAGGAUGAUUAUGAUCGUAACAGAUCAUCAAAUAGACACAGUAGAAGAUCAAGAGAUAGAUCACAUAGAAAAAGAGAUAGAUUGAUAUCAAGUUCGGAAUCUGAUAAAAAGGGAAGACAUAGAAAAGAGAAAGAUGAAAAUACAGAAGAUGAAUUAAUUAAUAAAUUUCGAAAAAUGGAAAGUCAAAAAGCUCUUGCAACUGGAAAAGAUUAUGCACGUAGACCAACCUCUUAUAAAUCAUCACUUACAAUAAAAGUAGAAAAUAUAUAUAGCCGAAAAAAAAAUAGAUCUAUAUCCCCUAAAAGAAUAGAAAGACCUGUACAAACAAAUCAAAAUGAUAAAAAAACUACUGAAAAUGUAGUUCCAGAAAAUUCGAAACUUAAAGAAUUAAUGGAAAGAUAUAAUAAAGCUGAUAAUAAAAUGAACAGAAUGAAUAAUAAUGAUUUAGAAGAAAUGGAUGUCAUGAAAUUGGGAUAG